CGUGAUCAUAUUGUUAGCUUAACGGCUUACCCGCGUUCUUCCAAAUCCCACGUCGACGCCCAUUCCAAAGGACUUGUUAUUUGUUACUCUCUGGGACUAUUUUUUUCAUAAAAAUCUUCUGAUCACAAUUCACAAAACAUCAAUUUCUAAAUCUGAUAAAUCAAAAUCAAAAAUCUGAAUCUGAAAAAAUGGGGAAUACAUAUUGUAUACUUGGUGGGUGUAUUGAUCAAGCAAGUGUUGGAGUAAUUGAGAAAUGGGGUCGAUUCGAGAAACUUGCAGAACCUGGGCUUCAUUGCUUCAACCCCUUAGCUGGUCAAUUUCUUGCUGGGAUUCUUUCUACUCGUAUCAAUUCCCUUGACGUCAAAAUCGAGACCAAAACUAAGGAUAAUGUCUUUGUGCAAAUGUUAUGCUCAAUUCAAUACCGUGUGGUCAAACAAAAUGCUGAUGAUGCAUUUUAUGAACUAGAAAAUCCUAGAGAGCAGAUUCAGUCUUACGUUUUCGAUGUUGUUCGUGCUGUUGUCCCAAAGAUGAACUUAGAUGAGCUGUUUGAACAAAAAGGCGAGGUUGCUAAACAUGUACUGGAGGAACUUGCAAAGGUAAUGGGAGAAUAUGGAUACAGCAUCGAACACAUUCUGAUGGUUGAUAUCAUACCCGAUCCAGCAGUUCGCAAGGCAAUGAAUGAGAUCAAUGCAGCACAAAGGCUUCAGCUAGCUAGCGUCUACAAAGGAGAAGCGGAAAAAAUUCUACUAGUGAAAAGGGCCGAGGCCGAAGCAGAAUCCAAGUAUCUAGGUGGUGUUGGUGUAGCAAGACAAAGGCAGGCAAUCACAGACGGGUUAAGAGAGAAUAUACUCAACUUCUCAAGCAAAGUAGAAGGAACAUCUUCAAAAGAAAUCAUGGAUCUUAUUAUGGUCACUCAAUAUUUUGACACGAUUAGGGAUCUCGGUAACUCAUCGAAGAACACCACUGUGUUCAUACCUCAUGGACCUGGUCAUGUCAAAGACAUCAGUAAUCAGUUACGCGAUGGACUCAUGCACGCGAAAAGUGCAAAUUUAGACGGUAAUUAACUAAUUACUAAUUAGCGUCUUCGUUAUCAGAUACAGAGUACAAUGCUGCUGUUAAUACUAAUCCUUUUUUCGUGUUUUGUUAUGAGUUUAUGACUUUUGUUUUACACUGUUAUUUUUUAGAUAUGGUAAAGAAAUGACAAUGUGUGGGGAAAAAGGAUGAUGUGCAGUCUGUAUAUGAGUUUUAACUUUGAAUGAAUGAAUUAUAUUGGCCUUGUUUGAAUUCA